CAUUCCUGUUUCUUCCACAAACUCUUCUUAGAAAAGAGAUCAUUACUUGCAUUAAGUUCACCAGCCAUGGGAGAAGUUGACCCAGCUUUCAUCCAACACCCUGAACACAGGCCCAAACUCUCCAUAAUCGAAGCCGAAGGCAUACCAUUAAUUGACCUCUCUGCAAUAAACUCUCCAAACUCCAUCUCUGACCCAGAAGCUAUGGAAAGAAUUGUUAGAGAAGUGGGCAAUGCAUGCAAGGAAUGGGGGUUCUUCCAAGUAAUCAAUCAUGGGGUGUCAUCAGAUAAGCUCCAAAAGAUUGAGGCUUCUGCUAAAAAGUUCUUUGCUCUGCCUUUGGAGGAGAAGAGGAAGAUUAGGAGAGACCUGAACAAUGUGUUGGGGUACUUUGACACUGAGAACACCAAGAAUAUUCGGGACUGGAAGGAGGUGUUUGAUUUUGAUGUGGAGGACCCUACUUUAGUCCCAGCCUCACCUGAUCCUGAGGACGACGAAGAGACUGAGUGGACUAAUCAAUGGCCUAAGUAUCCCCCAGAAAUGAGGGAGGCAUGUCAAGAAUAUGCUCGAGAAGUUGAAAAGCUAGCUCUAAAGUUGAUGGGACUUAUUGCCUUAAGUCUGGGCUUGCCGGAAGACAGGUUCAAAGGCUACUUCAAAGACCAAACCACUCGUAUCAGACUCAAUCACUAUCCACCUUGCCCUUCCCCGGAGUUAGCCCUUGGUGUUGGUCGCCACAAGGAUGGUGGUGCUCUAACUGUGCUAGCUCAAGAUGAUGUUGGAGGAUUGGAAGUGAAGAGAAAAACAGAUGGAGAGUGGGUUAGUGUAAAUCCCACCCCAAAUGCUUAUAUCAUCAAUCUUGGCGACACUCUUCAGGUUUGGAGCAAUGAGAGAUAUGAGAGUACAGAACACAGGGUGAUGGUGAAUUCAGAGAAGGAAAGGUUUUCUAUCCCGUACUUCCUUGAGCCAGCACACUACACCAUAAUAAAGCCCUUGGAAGAGCUGAUAAAUGAACAAAAUCCUGCAAAGUACAGGCCAUACAGCUGGGGCAAGUUUACGACUCACAGAAAGCUGAGUAAUUUCAAGAAACUCAAUGUUGAAAACAUCCAAAUUCAUGAUUUCAGGAUAUAGGAACAAGUAUGUGUGAUGGGAGUAUUACCGAGUAAUAAUAAUGUUAUUUCAGCUUCAGGUGCAUAGCAUGCUGUUUACAUAAAAUCCAGAAAACAAUGCCAAUUUGUAUAUAAUGCCAUAGUAGUAAGAAACAUUGGGAGCAUGAUAUGAU